AGCAGAGAGCCUUAUUCUCUCAUUCUAGCCAACGAGGACCAAGAAGAGUGGAAUUGUAGAGCUGCACUACUGUCCACCUAUCCAUUCAGAAUGAACGGCCAGUUGCUUAAUGGUUUCCAGGAUGAUCUUAUCGACGAAGGCAGCUUUCUCUUUACCUCAGAGUCAGUCGGGGAGGGGCACCCUGAUAAAAUCUGUGACCAGAUCAGUGAUGCAGUCCUUGAUGCUCACUUGAAACAAGACCCAGAUGCCAAAGUUGCUUGUGAAACUGUAGCCAAAACUGGAAUGAUUCUUCUUGCUGGGGAGAUCACUUCUAGGGCAUCUGUGGAUUACCAAAAAAUUGUACGGGACACAAUCAAACACAUUGGUUAUGAUGACUCCUCCAAAGGAUUUGACUACAAGACUUGCAAUGUGCUGGUUGCUUUGGAGCAGCAGUCCCCUGAUAUUGCACAGGGUGUUCAUCUGGACAGAAAUGAAGAGGAUGUGGGGGCUGGAGACCAGGGUCUGAUGUUUGGUUAUGCCACUGAUGAAUCUGAAGAAUGCAUGCCUCUAACAAUUGUUCUUGCACACAAACUAAAUGCCAAAAUGGCAGAGCUUCGUCGCAAUGGUACACUGCCCUGGCUUCGACCUGACUCUAAGACCCAGGUGACUGUUCAGUAUAUGCAGGACCGUGGCGCUGUAAUCCCAAUCCGAGUUCAUACCAUUGUAGUUUCAGUGCAGCAUGAUGAGCACAUAAACCUAGACGAAAUGCGUGAUGCUCUCAAAGAAAAGAUUGUGAAGGCUGUGGUCCCUGCUAAGUAUCUAGAUGACGAUACGAUUUACCAUCUGCAACCAAGUGGGCGCUUUGUGAUUGGUGGUCCACAGGGUGAUGCUGGUCUUACUGGGCGCAAGAUUAUUGUGGACACCUAUGGUGGAUGGGGAGCCCAUGGGGGCGGUGCCUUCUCUGGCAAGGACUACACUAAAGUUGACCGCUCUGCAGCCUAUGCUGCCCGUUGGGUGGCAAAGUCCCUGGUUAAGGCUGGACUGUGUCGUCGUGUCCUUGUUCAGGUUUCUUAUGCCAUUGGAGUUGCCCACCCUCUUUCUAUUUCUAUCUUCCACUAUGGGACCUCUCAGAAAAGUGAGAGAGAGCUGUUGGCUAUUGUCAAGAAGAACUUUGAUCUUCGUCCCGGUGUCAUUGUCAGGGAUCUGGAUCUGAAGAAACCCAUUUAUCAGAGGACUGCAGCCUAUGGUCACUUUGGUAGGGAUAGCUUCCCUUGGGAAGUACCCAAAAAGCUGGAGUAUUAAAUGUCAGGCUUUUCCUCCUCAGACCUUCUGGCGUUAUAUACAGAGAAGCUUGUAGGAUCCUGUGGGAGGAAAAGGCCCUUUCUGUCAUUCUCUUUGCUCACUGUAGUGUCUUUUACGAGGGACUAUAUAUAACUGGUCUCCUUGCAUAUUCCUUAUGUACCAAUUUGCACCCGUGUCUGUCAAUACGAUCUGUGGCAGAUAAGGUUAUGAUUCCAAUAGCCUGAGAUCCCUUGCUUGUCAGUCCCUGUCCUCCCACAGUAUUUCUGUGUCAAACCCAUACUAUGCUUGACAAACUUGCCAGGAGCAGCCUUUUUUGACAAUCUAGUACCUCCUGUAUGGCUGGAGUCCGUUUAAUAAUUCCUUUGCAUUAGCCUUGUUAAGCCGACUUCAACGCUUGUAUUAGUUGGGCACUUCCUGAGCGGAACAAGUGCUGGUGCAGACCAUUUGCUCCUUGUGUGUAUUUGCACUCCAAGAGGCUUUGUCCCAAAUUACCCCCCCCCAGCCACACUGCACAAUCCUCCUCUCUGCCUUGUUUUUUUUUAAGAUUAUUUAAUUCUGCAAGCCCAGUGAAGUGUCUUCUAUUUAUUUCCCCAAACUCUGCAGCUGGCUGGUGUGGCUACAGAGAAACCAGUACAGAGCAGAGGAUAAGACACGAGCUGUCAUGCAGGACAGGGAGUGAGUUCAUACUUGAAGAAAACUGUAAUGACUUUUAUUUAUUAUGUUGCUAGGCUCAGGCGUAAUUACAGAGUAGCCUUUGCCUCUAGUGACUUUUUUUUUUUUAAAUAACAUGAUGCUGUAAUAAGUGGUUCUCCUACUCCAUGUGCUCUCUGCCGGCUCAAGGUGUAGUACAGAAAAACCUUGGCUGUAUUCUGCAGGGGUGCUGGCUGUUGUUAAAGAUACCGAACUUCACUCGGAGCUACAGCCGCAGGGAAGUGGAAUUUUACCAGUGUUGUACAGAGAAACUGGGUGUUUACAAGCUUUCCUUGCGGAGGUAGCCCUGACUGCAUGAGGUAGCCCAACCACCUCCUCCCCUUUUUUUUAUUUUAAAACUAUUCCAAUGUCUCUGGCUCUUCAGCAGAAGAUUUCAUGAAUAAAGUAUUGGGUUCUGCCUUUA